CCAUCCAAAACACACUCCACACACACUCUCAACACACACACUCUGAACACACACACUCUCAGCACAGCUGCAAACAUGGCAGAUUUUCUCAACGAAUGCAUCGCCAGGGCCGGCACUGAAAUCAUCAGACAAAAAGCAGAGAAUGCAGUCGAGGACAUGCUCAGGGGUGGAGGAGACAAAAAAGAUGGGGCAAACAGCAAAGGAGGAAUCGACGUCGGGAACAUCCUCGUGGGCGCUUUGGGAGGAAAGAAAGAAGAAAAAGGAGGAAUCGACGUCGGGAACAUCAUCACGGGCGCUUUGGGAGGAAAGAAAGAAGAAAAAGGAGGAAUCGACGUCGGGAACAUCCUCGUGGGCGCUUUGGGAGGAAAGAAAGAAGAAAAAGGAGGAAUCGACGUCGGGAACAUCAUCACGGGCGCUUUGGGGGGAAAGAAAGAAGAGAAAAGAGGAAUCGACGUCGGGAACAUCAUCACGGGCGCUUUGGGGGGAAAGAAAAGAAGAGAAAAGAGGAAUCGACGUCGGGAACAUCAUCACGGGCGCUUUGGGGGGAAAGAAAGAAGAGAAAAGAGGAAUCGACGUCGGGAACAUCAUCACGGGCGCUUUGGGGGGAAAUCCCGAUGACGACGACAGAGGAGGAGCAGGGCUGGAUGUGAAGAACAUCUUUAAGGGAUUUGGACUGUAGACACCGCCGAGACCCCCUGCAGACCGCAUCCAUCAAACCCGCAGCAGAGCAACGCCACCCAAACUGCUGAAAAAUUACCGCUUUUGAUAUUUACAAAUGAUUUUUGAGUUUUGUCAGAAAAUUCAACCCUACGAGUGACAUCCGCAAAACUUUCAAAUAUGAAAUCAUUCAAAACUGAUAUAAUUGUUCAUAAAUUAUAACAAUGCUGUUUGUAUCAGCCUCUAGCUUCUUGAUCUCUCCAGACAGAUUUGUGGUUAUUGUUUUGUGUUGUUUUAUUCAUCUGGAUUUCCUGCAGUUUUUAGUUGUGCAUCUUUACUAAGAUAAAAGAAAAGAAGAUAAACGUGUGUGUCAGGGUUUGGUAUGUGUGUUCAUGUUGGGACAGCAGUAUAAGAAAGGUGUUUAAAAAAUGUUGACUGUAUAUGCUGCUCCCCUGAAAUGUUCUGUGAUGUUCUUCAACAAUAAAGUAAAAAAGGAAAAUGGGAAAGAAUAAAAUACAACAAACAUGUUUCUUAGACUAAACUAAACUAAAGUAAACUUUUUCCUCAGACCAACUACAUUAAACUAAACUAAACUAAAUUCAAUCAAAUUAUUAAAUUAAAUUAAAUUAAAUUAAUUGAAAUUAAAUAAAAUUAAAGCUUCACUGACCAACUAAUCUAAUAUAAAUUAAUCUAAAAAUAAAAUAAAAUAAAAUAAAAUAAAAUAAAAUGGAGUCGCUGGUGCCUCUUUUUGCACACAGCUGCACAGUUUUUCUUCGAGUCUUUUCUUUCCGACACACAGACUUGUGGUGUUUCUGGUCACAUUUUUUGGCAGAGAUCAGUUCACACUGAUGUCAGAUAUCAGUCUUUUCAAACAUGCGCGUGAACUGCCUCUGCAGAAACGGCAGAUGUGGGGAAAUAAUCAGAGCUGAGCAUUAAGCUCUGUAAUGUGGAGUUCCUUACCUGUCCACCAGGAGGCCUCAGACUCCUUCACCUCACCUCCUGGUUCACCUGCACACCUGUAGUCGCUUCCCUCAUCGGUGCUUCUGUGUUUACAGCAGCCUGCUGUCUUCGUUCUCUGGCAGUCCGUCGUGUUUUUCGUGUGGUUACGUGUCUGUCCUGCAGCAGUUUACCUGCGCUCACCUGCGUGCCCCCCCCCGACACAUCAGGAAGGCUUUUAUCGGCCGUCUUUGUUAACACAGCUUCACCUCCUCGGGCUCCGUGAACGCUCUCAUUAAAAAGGGUGCGUGGUGUAAUUCGACUCCUCUAUCACACAAGAUCGACACAACAAAACACAAACUAAAGAGAGCGAUGUCCUCAGUUACCUGUUCUGACCUGUUUUUAAGAGUCUGUGCUUUCUUUGGAGAAAAAAUAAAGUAUUAAAAACAAAA